ACCGUUUACUUCCGGAUGCAAAUGUCUCACUUCAUCAGAUGUUUCUUUAAUAAGGAGUGAAUAAGUAAAAUAGCAGUAACGGUAGUAACUCUUUUGUAAUAAGCUAAACUAAACAGAUUAAAUCUCCAGAAUGUUUUCGUUUAAUAUGUUUGAUCACCCAAUUCCACGGUCAUUCCAACGUUUCUCAACACAGUAUCGCUGCUACUCUGUGUCGAUGCUUGCAGGACCAAAUGACAGGUCUGAUGUGGAGAAAGGAGGAAAAAUUAUUAUGCCACCGUCAGCACUGGAUCAACUCAGUCGGCUUAAUAUUACUUAUCCCAUGCUAUUUAAAUUAAGUAAUAAAAACUCUGAUAGGAUGACGCAUUGUGGAGUACUUGAAUUUGUAGCUGAUGAAGGCAUUUGUUACCUUCCACACUGGAUGAUGCAAAACUUGCUGUUGGAAGAAGGGGGCUUGUUACAAGUCGAGAGUGUUAACCUUCCUGUUGCUACUUAUUCUAAAUUCCAGCCACAGAGUCCUGACUUCCUGGAUAUCACAAACCCCAAAGCUGUAUUGGAAAAUGCUCUUCGGAACUUUGCUUGCCUUACAACUGGUGAUGUAAUUGCAAUUAACUACAAUGAAAAGAUUUAUGAACUUCGUGUGAUGGAGACAAAACCAGACAGGGCCGUCUCCAUUAUAGAGUGUGAUAUGAAUGUAGAUUUCGAUGCUCCUCUUGGAUAUAAAGAACCUGAGAGGCUCCCACAUUCUGAAGAUUCAUCAGAGUUGGAAACAGAUCACAGUGAUUAUGUACCUGAUAAAGGAUUUCGGGCAUUUUCAGGAUCUGGAAACAGAUUAGAUGGAAAAAAGAAAGGAAUUGAACCAAGCCCUGCCCCACUUAAACCAGAGGAUAUGAAAAGGUGAUUUAUUUUAAGGGAGG